GCAGAAUUAUUCGAACGCCACACAGCUGAAUAUCUCAAAGACGUUAUUUUAACCACCCUCAAGAAAUACAAGAUAUCAGCAGACCAAAUUUAUACAUGCACCACCGACAACGGUCGGAAUAUGCUUAAAUGUGUUUCGCUAAUAAACGAAAAUGUAACCGAAUUAGAAGACGAGGUGAUAAAUGAAGAAUUUGAUGACACUUUGAAUGAUUUUAAAUUAAAUACAAGAUGUAUAGGAGUUCGAUGUGCUGCACAUACUCUGCAAUUAGCUGUUAAUUGCGUUUUAAAAGAAAAACUAAUGGAGAAGGUAACGUCGACCGUAAGAACCGUGGUUAAAAAACUUAGAACUCCUAAUGUUGGCAUUCUGUUGAAAAAUGAGGGAUUAAACAAACCGACAAUUGAUUGCGUAACACGUUGGUCUUCUACUUAUGAAAUGCUGGAAUCAAUUAACGGAAAUAAAAUAAAACAAUUUUGCCAGGAAAUGUCUCAAAAAAGUGAUGACUUUUUUAUUUCACAAGAAAUGUGGAAGAGCAUCUCAGAUGCCGUUGAUACGUUGCGACCCGCCAAUAUUGCCACUAAAACGUUGCAAAUGGAGCAACUUACAUUUGGCGAUGCGUAUGCCGCUUGGUGCAAUUGCAAAUUGCAAUUGCAAAAAAUUAAAACAAAUUUUUCCAAUAAUUUAAUAGAACAUAUGAAAAAUAAGGAAAAUAUUUUAUUUGAAAAUGACGCGUUCAUUGGUGCAAUAUUUAUGGAUCCACGCUGGAACGUGGUACUUAAAAACUCUUUAAAGGAACGUGCCAUAGAACACGUUAUUUCUGUAAUAGAUAAAAUGAAUAGUCUUACUCAGACCGAUUGCAUACUUGUAACCGAUGGUGAAAUGAAUAAUAGUUCAUCGUCUAUAGACAGUUUGGAAGCAAUAUUACAAAAUAUAGAAAAGGAAAAUUAUGGCAAAAAUGCAUCAAUAAGAGAAUUAUUAAACGAAUUUUCAAAAGAAAAAAGACUCUGUCUUCAUGACAACGUUAUUCAAUGGUGGGAAGACAGAAGAGAAAUAAAAUCACAGCUGUACAAUAUUGCAAUGGUUCUACUUGCCGUUCCAGCAACGCAAGUCAGUGUGGAACGUCUUUUUUCUGGUGUUAAAUUUUUAAUGAAUCCAAGCCGAAAUCGUCUGGAUGAAGAUAGUUUAAAUGCAAUAGUGGUGAUACGCUCCAACAAGGACUUAUUUUAACAUGAUAACUUUAUAUGUAUUUCUUUAUUUUAAAUUAACACAAAUA